UUGGUAGUUUCCGCUCUCCGUUCUCGGUUGCCUGGAUACGGGGAAGCUGGCGGAAGUUGUGGCCAGGUGUAAUGUUUUGUGAAGCGGGGAUGAGGUGACUCGGAACGGGAUGGAAGAGCUGAGACAGCGGGCGGGACUGGAGGAUUAUCGGAUUGUCAGAGUGGUGGGGAAGGGGAGCUAUGGAGAGGUCAGCCUGGCCACACACUGUGCGGAGGGGAGACAGUAUGUGAUUAAAAAGCUGAGUCUUCGCAAUGCCCCUCGAAAGGAGCGGAAGGCAGCAGAGCAAGAGGCUCAGCUUCUUUCUAAGCUGAAACAUCCAAACAUUGUGGCCUAUAAAGAAUCCUGGGAGGGUGAGGAUGGAUUGCUGUACAUCGUCAUGGGCUUCUGUGAAGGAGGAGACUUGUACCGUAAACUCAAAGAUCAGAAGGGCAAACUUCUUCCAGAGAGCAAAGUGGUAGAGUGGUUUGUUCAGAUUGCCAUGGCACUACAGUAUUUACAUGAUUUGCACAUCAUGCACCGUGAUCUGAAAACUCAGAAUAUAUUCCUGACCAAAUCCAGUAUCAUCAAAGUGGGAGAUCUGGGAAUUGCCAGGGUCCUGGAGAGCCAGUAUGAUAUGGCCAGCACUCUUAUUGGGACUCCCUAUUAUAUGAGCCCAGAGCUUUUCUCCAACAAACCAUACAACUAUAAGUCUGAUGUCUGGGCCCUGGGAUGCUGUGUGUAUGAAAUGGCGACUCUCAAGCAUGCAUUCAAUGCUAAAGAUAUGAACUCUUUAGUGUAUCGAAUCAUCGAAGGGAAGCUGCCACCUAUGCCUAGAAAUUACAGUAGUGACUUGGGAGAUCUUAUUGGAACGAUGCUAAGCCAACAGCCUGAAAAAAGGCCAACCGUGAAGCAAAUACUAAGGAAACCUUACAUUAAAGAACACAUUGCCUUGUUUUUACAAAAUUCAAAGCUAAAGCAUGGCAAGCGGAAAAAGAAGGUGGUGGACUCAAACAAUGUUUCCAAAAAUGCUGAACAGGAAGUAAAACCCCGGACAGUUCCAGAUCAUGAAAAAGAACACAAAGUGAACAAAGUUAAGAGUCCAAUGAAGAAAGCAGCCAGCGUAUCCUCCCCGCCUGCUGAACAAGUGAAUGAUAUGGCGGUGUCCAUUUCAACCGUCAGCAAGGUGGUUAUUGAUAUUGUACCUGAUGACAAUAGACAGCCACGUGAUGAACAUUUGAUACCCCAGUCUGAGAACGGAUGCAUCUCCAGGGAUGUUCCAUGUAAAGUGACUCCGAACCGACCCCAAGGGCAAGACUAUCAAGCAAAGCUGCAAAUAAGCUCCAAGAUGGAAAAUAACAUUUCUUCUGUUAGCCUAGAAGAUGAAGAAGACACCAUGAAACUUUUGCAACAAGCCACCAAAGGUGAUGGAAAGAUGCCCCAGGAUGUUUUGGAAUCUACAGAGAAGCUCCUAGAACCAUUUGUUCCAGUUACAGAACCUAAUGGAAAUGUAGAAGCAAGUGAAAUUCAUCCUCGUACUUCUGAGUCUGGGCCAUCUUUAUCCAGACUGAAGAGACACCGAAUCAAAGAGGGGAUUUUAGUUGAUUCUGAGAAGGAUAGUGUGCCAGGUCCCAGACCUCUGCCUUCUCCUCCUGCCAUACAACCCCAAAUUGUAAGAAAGUGUACAAACAGCCCAGAAAGAAAAGUUCUUGCUGCAAAUCCUGUUGACAAGUCAAAACAUAGCUCUGUAUUGUCUCAGGAUCAUCGCCCUUUGUCAGCAAGAGAGAGAAGAAGAUUAAAACAGUCCCAGGAAGAAAUAUCUUUCUCUGCGCCACCGGUCAUAAAAGGUUCUGCUAAUGCCGUUGAGAAAGCUGAAGAAAUAAAUCCUGCCAAUCAAGUGCCAAUUAUGUGUGAGAUGAAAAAACAAAAGCCUGUAUGGCAAUUAUCUGAAGAAGACCUAAGCUCUUCCACAAGUUCCACAGACAAGUCUGAAGGAGAAUGUAAAGAGAGGAAAAGCUCAGACUCUGGAGAUAUGAACGACUUGGUCGAUCUAAUGACACAAACAUUACACAUGGAAAAGGACAGAGGUCAACUCUCACUGGGUCCUCGUGAUGAAUUUAGAAUCCACAGGAAAUAUAGAGACACAUUAAUGUUACAUGGAAGAGCCGAUGAAGGCCAAGCAGAUGUCUUUUUCCAAGACAUACCAUCAGAUAGUUUAACUGUUCCACAAAAGUUCCGCAGAAUGAUUGAGGCUUUAAGAACUGAUGUUGUGAAGGGUCUUGGAGUGAAGGUCCUGGAACAAGUGUAUGAUGUCAUGGAUGAGGAAGAUGACAGACGGAAAGAGUUGGAUUUACAGAAAAUUCUUGGAGAGAAGUAUGAUGACUACAAUCUGAAAGUUCGGCAGCUUAAAUUUUUUGAAGAGAAUUCAAAAUUUUAGAUACAUAAUGAGGGAUUUAUUGGAGCUAGUGUAAAUUUGGCAUUUGAGAUCAGUUUGUGAUGCACUGUGAAGUGUUCGUGUUUUGUAUCCCUUGUGACAUUGACUGGAGGUAUUCACAUUGACUGGAGGAAUAACACAGCAAAGCACAAACAGACCUCAAACUUUGACUGUAUAUCUGAUCUCAAAAAUCCUGUCUUCACUAUCCCUAAAACUAUUUUUUUUACACUUUUUUUUAUUUUACAUUUUUGCCACAAAAAAUGCACGGUUCUGUGUGCUGAGGAAGUUUGAGGAGCAAUAGUUUUUAAUAUUGCCACAUUUAUACAGAAGGAUAUUUAGAAUCAUGUUAAUCUACAGAAUAGUUUCACAUGACAGGUUUUGGAAUGCUAUGUUGUAAUAUAAACUUUUUUUUUGGACUUUAUGUAAAAUGUUCUUGUGCCUUACUUA